AUGGACUCUACAGAGAGAGCUCACAGAAAAAGGACAGACGACGUCUUUCGAAAGAGCUCAUCGGUUCUUUCUUUUAUUUCAAUUCUACUGAUUGUUGCGCUGUUCCUGAGGAUGGAGAUGAUCAACAAGCGAACGCAAAUCAAUGAACUGCGCAUUUUAGCCGUUGAAAGUCGCAUGAAGACGACAAAUGAAGCAGACAAAAACGUCGAGGACAAGCUGAAAACGAUUACAGAUUUCGAAAGUGUUAUGAGAAAACAUCCAGCGGAUCAUCGCAAAAGAGAGAAAAGAAAUAUUGCUCCAAAUCCAACGGCAGGAACUGUAACUUUACAACAAAUCCGCCUAGAAAUAAAGAACAAGUUCAUUGAAGUUUGUAACUCCUCAGACAGAAUAUGCCAGGCAGGACCUCCGGGACCGCCAGGAGCCCUUGGGUAUCCCGGAUAUAAGGGAGAAAAAGGGGCCUCUGGAAAGGUAGGACCACCAGGCCCAUCGGGGCCUAUUGGGGCUCCAGGCGUGGGUGGCAAAAGAGGACCUGUGGGACCUCAAGGAGUAAAGGGCGACAAAGGCGACAAAGGGUCUGUUGGAGCUCCUGGAAUUAAAGGAGAUAUUGGAGCGAAGGGUCGUCACGGACAAAAAGGAUCUAUUGGCUUAAAAGGGAACAAAGGUAUCAGAGGAUUGGUUGGUAUUCAGGGACCAAAGGGAGAAUGUGUUGUUCCACCGAAGAUCAUUGUGUAUCCAGUAUCUCAGGAAGUCUUUAUCAACGAGACAGCAAUAUUCUUCUGUUGGGUUCAAGGCCAGACGUCGUCCAAAAUAACAUGGAGUAAGCUCGGAGGCACUCUAUCUGAUGCUACCGCGAAAGACGGUGCGCUUCGAAUCAACAGCGUUCAAAGGUCACAUGUGGGGUCGUAUAUGUGUACAGCUCAUACCGGUCUAGGAAUUUUCAGAAUCGCAGGCAGUUUACUCGUAAAAGAGGUACCACAGUUUACUAACAAACCUCCACCGAAGGUCGUUGUAGAACAAGGAACAACUGUAACCCUCUGCUGCGUGGCCACAGGCUUGCCUCGUCCUAAAGUUGAAUGGGCUAGGCAUCAAAGGUCCACUUUGUUCUCUCCGUUUUUCCAGGAAGACGGAUGUCUCGCAGUAAAUACUGCAAAAGCACAUGGUGAAGAAGACUACAUCUGUCGAGCCACAAACAGCUUUGGGUUAACGGAAACAGUAACCACGAUAGUUCUUGUGACCUAG